CCGCCCCCGCGCCCCCCCCAACCACUGGCUCACGCUAGCUGGGUGUUUCCUGCCUCCGUCAGUCCGGGUUUGGAGGCUCCAGCGUUCUCCGACUUUUCAUGGAAGAGAUGUCAGGAGAAAGUGUGGUGAGCUCAGCGGUGCCAGCGGCUGCCACCCGCACCACGUCCUUCAAGGGCACGAGCCCCAGCUCCAAGUACGUGAAGCUGAAUGUGGGCGGCGCCCUCUACUACACCACCAUGCAGACACUGACCAAGCAGGACACCAUGCUGAAAGCCAUGUUCAGCGGGCGCAUGGAGGUGCUCACCGACAGUGAAGGCUGGAUCCUAAUCGACCGCUGUGGGAAGCACUUUGGUACGAUCCUCAACUACCUUCGUGAUGGGGCCGUCCCCUUGCCCGAGAGCCGCCGGGAGAUCGAGGAGCUGCUGGCAGAAGCCAAGUACUACCUGGUCCAGGGCCUGGUGGAAGAGUGCCAGGCAGCCCUACAACAGAACAAAGAUACGUAUGAGCCUUUCUGCAAAGUUCCUGUGAUCACCUCAUCCAAAGAAGAACAGAAACUUAUAGCAACUUCAAAUAAGCCAGCCGUGAAGUUGCUCUACAACAGAAGUAACAACAAGUACUCAUAUACCAGCAAUUCUGACGACAAUAUGUUGAAAAACAUUGAACUCUUUGAUAAGCUUUCUCUGCGCUUUAACGGAAGGGUCCUAUUCAUAAAGGAUGUCAUCGGGGACGAAAUCUGCUGCUGGUCCUUUUACGGCCAGGGCCGCAAGAUUGCUGAAGUCUGUUGUACCUCCAUCGUCUAUGCCACUGAGAAGAAGCAGACCAAGGUGGAGUUCCCUGAAGCCCGGAUUUAUGAGGAGACCCUGAAUAUUUUGCUGUACGAGGCCCAGGACGGCCGGGGACCUGACAAUGCCCUCUUGGAGGCCACAGGGGGGGCGGCCGGCCGCUCCCACCAUUUGGAUGAGGACGAGGAGCGUGAACGCGAGCGGAUUGAGCGCGUGCGUCGGAUCCACAUCAAGCGGCCCGACGACCGCACCCACCUCCACCAGUGAGCCGGCCAGGGCCGGCCCGGCCCUCCUCCCGCCCUCUCCCCUCCCCCGCUCCACACUAGACCUGCACAGGCUUCCGGGCACCUCCCACUUCUCCUGGAGCCUGCAGAUACUUUUGUAACAAGUCAGAUGAUUAUUUUGAUAUUUCGCGACAAGGUGAAUUGAUUUUUUUUUUUUUACCCAGGUGAAUGGGCCCUGUUGUUGACAAGCUGCCCAAGGGCCCUAGUUUCUGGGAGAAUCUGAGGAGCCUUGGAGCCAGGCUUGCUGGGUUCUCGAAGGAAAAGUAUGAAUGGGUAUGACAUGCACGUGAGAACUUUGUUUGCAGUAUUUAUUUUUGUGGAUGUUGACUACCUAUUUGAGUUUCUUGGGUGGUGUUCCCUUUGGGUUCAGUUUGACAGCUCUGAGAGGGACUCUGCAGCUGGUGGCCACCAGAGGUGUCUCCAAGCUCCCUAGUUCGUAACCUUCCAGCCCAGCGCCCUGGCUGUGCUCUCUGUGUUAGGCCGGGCAGUCUCCAGGCCGGCUUUGCCAGAAGCCCAUUUUGCCACAGGAUUUCGUGCCCACGGCUUACUGGUAAAUCAUUGCAGCUCGGAGCAGUGGUGAUGGGGCCUGCUGUGCUUCCUGCUUCUAAAUUGUUGUUCCUCACGCCGCCCUGUUUAGGGGGCAAGCCUGUUGCCACCUUGGCUGGUCUGUGGUCCCAUGCUUGUUGGGCCCCUGCACAUCUGGCUAAGGGCAGAGCUGCCCUUGGCAGUGAGUGCUGGGCUCUGUUCCAGGCUCCUUCCCUGACUCCUCCCCCUCCCUCCGGCCCCCCCUUUGUUGACCCACUCCGUUCCAGGAAGGCCUGCUGGCCUGGUUACGGGGGUAGCUCAAACCCAGGAAUCCAUUCCCUCUCCCUCGGUCUCCUUCCUUGUUUCGCUGGGCUUACGGCCACUAGUAGAUGCUUAGAAAUUGAGUGUGGCCCCAGACUCUGUCCUCCUGGCCUGGCGUCCAGGCGGGACCACCACUUACCAGCAGUCUCAGGGCAGUUUGCCUGCUGUAAACGUAGCCAUGGCCUGGAGAGCCCCUUGGGGUCUUUGCCUGUGAUUCUGACACAGUGUGGAAUAGCCAUCAGUGAGAGGAUGUGCAGAUCCUUUUGGGUCCAGUAAGUGUCGGUGUUCAUGUUUGUUUAAGGGACGUGUGCGACUGUAGACGGGGAUGUGUGCUUGUGGGGCGCUGGAGCCCAGUGCUCGUGGGGGACGGACGUUCUCGGUUACCUACCUCCCAGUCUCCGCCUGUCAAGGGACAGAAGUGAGUUGUGACUAAUGUGGGUGGUUGAGACUAGACUAGGUAUAGUUACAAGGGGAUGCGAAUGUGUGUAGGGUAAGGGAUGGGUUUUGUCUGACUUUCAAGGGAAACGUUACUGUUUUAUACCAAAGGUAUUAAUAUGGGCAGCCUCUGACACAAUGUAUUCCAAAAAAAACGAGUUUAUAUUUUGAAAUGGUUUUUACCGCUUUGACUUUGUACGUACUUCCCGAGUUGCGAGUUGCGACAGUUGUAUGCCUUUAUUUUGUAUCCAGCAGCAAAGUGUACAAUAAACCUUUAAAACAAUCAUGACUGAACCUAAACAUCAAGUAUUGGGUAGAUGCUUUUUAAAACUGCUGUGUGGGAAACUUUCAUAUUAAGCCAUUUGAAUUUUAAGUGCUAAGGAAAGGGGGGGGGGGGCGCUAAAAAUAAUGUUUCGUAAAUAUUUUAUACUGUUUGAGUUUUAAACACCAACCCUGCUGUUUGGGUUGAGUUUUUUUAGAAAGUUAAAGUGAAUGUCAGUCCUGAUGUUUUUUGUAGGAAUGGAAAAGCCAUCAUAUAAUUGUUUUUUAAAUGUUUACGUGAAGAGUACGUGUGUGGAACAAUCUGAUUUGUUUGGGCUUCUACACCUUAUGACCUAAUGUUUCUGGCAGUCUCUCUACUUUCACUUUUCCUCCAACUUUGCACUUGUAGCUUUGAGUCUUUGCUUCCCUGGGAUAGGAACAGAUCCAUAAAACAUUCCGUCGUUGAUGCCACUGUGAGCUGCAUAUAGCCGUGACCUGACAGAAAGCGUUGGCUGGUCCAGUUCUGUUACCAAAUCUAUUCUACAAGGAACUGAUUUGUCUUCUGUUGGCACUAAAGGCAAACAAAAGUCAAUAUUUAUACCUAAGAACCAUCCAAGUAAAACACUAGUCUAAGAUUUGGUAAAGAGGCGAGUUUUAUUACAUUGCAGUAGCUUACAUUUGAAAACAGUGGAACAGGCUUUUGGUCCUUUGUCAUCAAGUUGUUUUUUCAAAUAAGCCAUCUGAUUGUGGUGGCUGGGGGCCCAUGCCUGAGACAAUUCCUGGCAAAGCCUCUUCUGCUGCCCUCCUGCAAUGGCUUAACAGGUUGGUUGCUGUACGAGUACCCCACUUUCUGUUUAGGGGUGUUUGUAUCUUACAGCAGCUAUUCAGGGCUCAAGUGUGAACAGCAGUCAGCCCUGACUCUUAGAAUAUGUCUUUACACAUCUUUGUGUCAAUAACCUUUGUGCUAUGAAAAAAAUGCUAAUAAGCAACUUGUAUGUUGUACAAGUGUUUGUGGAACUAGGUAAAAAUAAAAGUUAUAUAUAAUGCUUCUA